UAUAUAUAAGCAAAUAAUUUUUCCAUUGCAGUAGAGAAUUAUUGCUCCAUUAGUGUUUAUUUCGAUCGCAAAGUUUUUGUGAGGAGACAUGAGACUAUUCUGUUUUCUCGUCUUUAUUGGCGUAUUUUUAACGAGGAAUGUCAUACUGUCGUUACACCGCAAACAUCCUACACAUCUGGAAUCGUUGUUUGGUUUGACCGAUUCAAAUGAUACCAAGACGAAAGAAAAUUCGCCGAACGUGUGCAAAACACAAGAAUGCGAUAAACUCGGUAAGGAACUAGCAAAUAAUAUAGACAAAUCCGUGGAUCCGUGCGACAAUUUUUACGAAUACGCUUGUGGAAAAUGGCCGGAAAAUAAUCCCAUUCCAGAAGGAUAUACAUCGUGGAGUCUGUUCCAGGCAGGUCAAAAACAAGUCGACGACCGAGUACAGGAAAUUUUGAACGCCGGACCUCAGGAGAACGACGUCUUAGGAGUGAAACUCGCGAAGAAAUGGUAUGCAACUUGCACGGAUACAGACGCGAUGGAAAAGCAAGGAAUCGAGCCGAUAAUCUACACUUUAGCGCGUAUAGGCGGCUGGCCCAUGAUAAUGGACCCGGACGAAUGGGACGAGCAAGAAUACAACUGGCAAAAAGUGGACGAUCAAUAUAUGCGUCUAACAGGAAGAAAUAAUUUUCACGACGUGCGCGUGGGCAGGGACUACAGUUCAAAUGACACAUCAAAAAUAGUGAUGAUUGACACUCCGCAUUUACCUCCGGGCGCGUAUCAAUUGUGGAUCGGAGGGAUACUAGAUAGCUUCGAGAACCUGUCUGAUGAAGAUCCGAGUGACGAGAACAAGCAAAGCGACGAGGAUAACGAAGUGCCUGGAAGCGAGGGAAGUGAGACCGAAGAUGACGAUGACGACGAUGAUAAUGAUGAUAACGACGACGAUGAUGAUAAUGAUGUUGACGAUGACGAUGACUAUGACGACGACGAUGAAGAUGAAAGCGCUAAAAAGAAAAUCAGUACGAAGAAAAACAGAAUUGCUCGCAAGAGAAACAGAAAAUCAGAGCAUCACGGGAAGAAAAAAAAGAAUGUUCGACCUUCUAUCAAGCACAGUAGUCAUAAAGUGAAAAAACAGAGAACAAAACGGCAAGCUAACAUGGCAAAAGCUUUCAAAAAAUUGACGCGAAUUAAUCAUCGCGGUGUGUUACGCGCACGACUGAACAAGAAAAAACGCUUGAACAAAAUCCGAAAGGUAGGAUCAACAGAAACUUCGGACGAACCAACAAAAGCAACAACAACAUCGGCGCCGCAAAUUACUACCAUCGAAGAAACGAGCGAGGAAAUUGAUUGGAAUACUCGAGAAGAUUACGCAAAUUAUAUUUCGGAAGUAGCUCGCGCUUUAGCUAAGGGAAGACACACUGGUGUUCCUGAAGAUCAUAUCGAUAAAGACAUUCAGGACAUGAUCGAAUUCCAAAUAAAGUUAACCGACCUUACUCUGGAAGCCGAUGACGAUUUAGAAAUGACGCUUGAUGACUUUCAAAAUUGGUAUGAUGAGCAAAAUCCUAAAACGGAUCACAGUGAAAUUAAUUGGGUGUACAAAAUUGCGGAAAUAUUUGACGAGGCAAGUGUUCCCGUUGAUGGCGAUCUAGAUGUACAAGUUGGCUCCUCGGAUUACUUUAAGGGUCUUAUCUCGUUGCUGGAUGAAACGCCGAGUCGUGUUAUUGUGAAUUAUAUACACUGGAAUUUUGUGAGCCAAGUAAUAAGAACUACCACAAAGAAAAUGAGAAAAUUGUACAAGAAAUGGGAGAAUGAAGACGUGGAAGAAGAAACGGAAAAGGAGAGAAGAUCGUCCGAGUGUAAGUGGGAAAUAGAAGAAAUGGGAGACAUACUAGCGUACGAGUAUGUGAGAAAACAUUUCUCUGAUAACAUCACACAGACUGCACAAGAUAUGGUUGACGAUAUACAAAAAGAAGUCGAGUAUCAAAUCAAGGAAUCAGAUUGGAUGGACGAAGAUACCAAGGACUAUGUUUUAGCAAAAUUGUUGAAUAUGAAACAAUAUAUUGGCUAUCCGGAAUGGUAUAAAAAUGACACGAUUAUUAAACGAUAUUUCCAAGGACUCAUUAUCUGCAAUUCGUAUUACGAGAAUGCGCUCAGCUACGGUAGAUACGGUAAAUGGAAGAGUCUGCGAAAAUUGAUUAAAGAUGAUGAUGAUAUGGACAUAUGGUGGAUGAGUCCUUUGGUUGUGAAUGCGUUCUUCGAUCCGAUGGAAAAUUCUAUAACCAUCAUGGCGGCAGAUUUCCAGAGUCCAUUUUUCGCUUAUGGCCGACCACAAGCUAUUAAUUAUGGUAUAAUUGGAGUCAUCAUGGGUCAUGAAGUGAACCACGGCUUCGACAACGAUGGAGUUUUGUUCGACAAGAACGGUAGGUUCGUCGAUUGGCUGUCCGCAAUGGCCGACGCGUAUGGCAAAAGAGCGGAGUGUUUUGUGGAACAAUACAAUAAUUAUGAAAUUGAUAAGGAAGGAACAAAAAUAAGAGAUUAUGGCAACAAAACUGCGGGUGAAAAUAUCGCGGACACAAUGGGUCUAAUCGCAGCGUAUAGAGCUUAUCUGAGGAGAGAAAGAGAAUGCGAAAGACCAGAUACCGUAUUGCCAGGUCUGGAAAAUAUUACCAACGAUCAACUUUUCUUCUUAUCCUUCGCCAAUAUCUGGUGCGAAGUUGACGAUGACGUUGGCAUAACAGCCGCAUUUGACUCUCACAGCACCGGACGGUUGAGAGUAAUAGGGACUCUUUCAAACUCGGAGGACUUCGCCAAGGCAUUCAACUGUCCAGUUGGCAGUCCAAUGAAUCCCGAAAAGAAAUGCAAUAUUUGGAAAUAAUAUUAUACCUUACACACAUUGCAGGUAUCUACGUCAAUCGCGUACAAAAAGAUGUUUGGCAUAAAUCUCUUUGUUUACUUGUAUUAUAAAUAAAUAAAGUAACGCACGUACCAGUUUUUGCACGCUUA